AUGUCAGCGCUAGAAAACGCGCAGAAUCAAUUGGAAAGCAUCCCAGGCUACAGCUUGGCCAUGGACAAAUUCAACAGCUACGCCGAGGACCACUGGAACAACAGAGACCCCUUCACCGACCCCAAGACCGGCAAAAAGCUAAAGCUACCCCCUGACAUAACCACCAAGCAAGAGCAGAAAGCAUGGUCGAAGAUCCAAUCGAAAGCAUGGCAGCACGACAAGUGCAUGUGCGGAUCAUGUGGCGUGGGGCUCGAUUGCGGAUUGGGGUUAGUGCCAUUUGCUGUUCUUUUCUUCCCCGUGCUUGGGCCAUUGGUGAUGUACGCCAUGCAUGCUCGGCUCAUUGAGAUUGCCAAGCGCGAAUUCCACCUCCCUAACAAGCUCGAGGCGCAGUUGAACUCGAAUAUCGGGAUCGAUUUGUUGAUUACGUUCCCGCCUGUUAUCGGCAGCUUUUUCGGGUGGUUGCAUGGAUGCAGCACCCGGAAUGCCGGGAUGAUAUAUGCGUUUAUGUUGAAGCAUGCGCAGGAGAGAGCUGCUGCGGGAGGUGGAGGUGCCAAGUACACGGGACGCGGAACGGCUGGGACGUUUGAUGCUGGGGCUGGGGAGUUUGGUGGUCAACCCGAGACUACGCAGGUUCGUGGUGGUGGUGGUGUGGGGCUGCUGAAUGUGAGAAGUGCCCAGUAUUCCAACCCGACACAGCCAAAGCUGGCAUACACGAAGAAACUGGGCAUAUUCAGCAAGAACACUCUGAACUCAAUUGAGAUUGGUCAACAGCAACAAGCGGGAUUCAGGUGA